AUGUUAUGCAAUUUUGUAAGGUCAGGCGAGACCGAGGUAGUCAGGCUAUUUCUUGGCAAAGGAUUCGAUGUCAAUGCGAUGCACUGUGAUGAGCAGGGAAACAUGUCAUCACUAUUAGUCAAAGCAGCAAGCUCCGCGGGCGCCGAUGAAGAGGUGGAGCCUAUGGUACAGUUACUGCUCGAUCGUGGGGCUUUGGCCGAUGCCAUUGAUCAUACUCGGAUUACGGCUUUGACCCAUGUAACCGAGAGGCAGACGCUAGGUGUCAUAAACAUGCUGCUUGAUCGAGGUGCAAAUCCCAUUUUUGGAUUAGGCGAGAUGAUCACACCUCUUGAGAUGGCAGCUCGUGAGUUUCAGUCAGAUUUGCUGAGGAUGUUUUUGGAUGUGAUGAUUACUCGAAAACUCAAGUUUGAUAACAUCCUGAGUCUGCUUCCCUCUCGGAGAGAUGAUAGUGUUGUAUGGACGGUUGACACAGCCAAGGCUUUGACGCAAUAUCACUGGCGCUGUAUGUAUCCCGUGUGA